GCAGUAUUCUUGUCAUGAAUUUUCUUUUUCGGUCUCGCUUCCGCAGUCAGUGCAGAGCGCAGACUAGUUUUUCGAUUGCCGAUACUUAGACUGCUGUUGACCAGUUAACGUUAAAGUCAGUAGAUGGCAGUUAUGUGUCUUCUGUUCGUGCAACCUUUUAUGGCGUGAAUUUUCAAAGGGGUUAAGUGAACAAAAAUGGUUGCUGUUUGUAUCCCAGUGAACUUGCAUUGAUUAUGCACACUGUUUCAUACUGUCAUCGCUUCCUUAUCCUUCGUCAUCGUCACCAUGAAACUAUCAAAGACUGGGGCUGUUGAGUCUGAACUUCAAGAACUCCUUGAUCAACACCAUAGCCAAAGAGUUGAUCCUCCUUUCAACAACAAGCAAUGGUGCAAUCUGCUUGAAACUAAAUAUGGCAUGGUUACUUUCUGCAAAUUCUUCGCCAUCAAAGGAAAUUGACCAGACUUCAGUUGAUUGCAGUCGCAUGCUCACGAUCCACCAAAACCGGCCAAUCUACUGUGACUGUUCACGAACGACUUUAUUCAAGUCGUUGGGAAAAGGACAGCCGAGCCCAUUGGAUUCUAGAUCCGCGUGUACUACCUAAACUCGUCACGAGUUGUCAUAUGACACUAGGGUUCCAUUCUGUUGACUGGUGUUAUUCGACCUAAGUCACCGCUCAUGGGUAUUUUUCUUGAGAAGUCAUCCGUCGCGGGUAUGCUGGUGUAGAAUUACGGCGCUAUGAAAACACGGCACAGGAUUACGUUACCAAUCAAGCUAAUUGCUUGCGAAGCUGCCGACUGAACUGCCGCACACUCCUAAGCGCAUCGCUCAGCCGGAUGUGUACACAAAUGACUACGAAAUGAGAACUACAACUACUGGUUUCUUUACGGUUCUACAUACAAUUCAUAAUCUUGGAUGAGGUUGUUAUUUACCCCAUAUUAAGAAAGAAGCCACCCCAUAAUGAAUGACACCCCAAGACGGAAGAAGGAGCUUGCUGCGCAGAAGAGUCAUACGAUCUGCUAUUAUUCAUUGCUUUCCGAGGCUCCCCAGCUGUGAGAGGUGCCAAGGAAUGGAUUUGCCUUUUUUUUUUUGGCGAAUAGCAAUUUAAAUGCUACUAGAUGGCUCUGUUGUUCGGGUCCCGCUGUACGUGUUCCGAAUCAAACGGGCUUCGCAUUUGGACAUAGACUGGUGAAUUGGCUGCAAACCACGUCAGUUGCAAACGUGCCACCAUCACGGUCAGUUACGUUGCCCCUUAUUCAGCAGUUUGAGAGUUGUUUUCAAAUAUCGUUCGUGUCUAGCAUCUUUGAUUGAAAAACAUUUUGUUUCAUUAGUGGGAAACGCAUUCAUUUCUGCAGCUCAUUGCUGUCUCUUCCUCGGUGCGGUGCGGUACUGGAUGGCAUCUCGUGGACUAGGUGCAUCCGCCACCAUUAUCACUGCUUCCAUCAUCAACCCAUGUGUUUCACCAUGUUUUCGGUCAUCUCACUCGUCGUCUUCUCGACCGUUACAGGUAAUGUUCCGGUCGUUUCCGGGAGCGUUAGCAGCGUGACAGAUUCGGGACCAAUGCUUCAAAUUGUUGAAAUGCGCGUACCGGCCGUAGUGGAAGACGGUUCGGCAACGUCGGUCAUCCUCGACUGCGAUUACGUUUUACGUUCUGCCGACAAGAAAUCCGAGUUGGUCGUUCAAUGGUAUUUCCAGAACGGUUCCAGUCCCGUCUAUCAAUGGAUACCGGGCAAACGGCCGCAAGAUCUUGGUGUGCUCAAAGGCCGUCUCAAUCUCGACUAUCGGGCGUCCAAUGACCCGCACAAGCGGCACAGGGCGCUCGAGAUCCUUAAACCUACUUACGAACUGAGUGGCGUCUAUCGCUGCAAAGUCGCCACCGUCGAAGAGGAGGCUGUCGCCGCCCGGACCAUGAUCAUUUACACUCCUGCUCGCAAUCUUGAAAUAUGGCAUCAGAAAAUGUCGUUUGACGCUGUCAACGUGACGUGCAGAGUCGAAGGUAUUUCGCCCAGACCUCGGCUUCAGCUCUAUCGUGGUGAUCGUCCCGGAUUGGAGAUGGAUGGAAUGCCGGCUGAAGUUGUAAAUCGACGCGGACUCUACGAUGUGACGCUCUACCGGGUAGUCCACGACCGCUCACUCCGCCAGGAAACCAUUUUCGAGUGCGUAUUGUCCAUUCCGGCCACGCAGUAUCAAAUCGCUCGCAGACUCAUUUACUAUCCAGGUCCAGCGCCCAUCCGGAGCAGUAGCAGCAGUAUGAGUUCAGACUUGAUUGGAUUUAGAUCUUUUCGUGAGUUCCUUGUCUUUCCAGGUCGAAAUCCAAUAAGAGAAACACUGGAGAAAACUCCCCAGCCCUCGAGUAUCUACCAUUGCCAGCAGAAUCAUUUCGCAUGCACUUUCUUGCCUCGGGAAAAAAAAAAUAGCUACAGAAAGGAAACAACUAGCCAUUUGUGAUUGGACUACGGAUGUCACACAAAACACUGAUCGUCCAGGAUUGCCGAUUAUAUUUUUACUCUAAUCGGAACGGCCUGAAAGAAAAAUCCAGUAGAGGCGGGGAUUCCAAUCCGGGGUUCAAUCGAUUUUUUUUUUUUUUUUUCACAUCAUCGACAUGGAAGGUUUGAUGCUCUAUUUAUAUAUAUUUUCUCUCUCUUUUUAUAUAUUUUUCCGUGUUACAUAUACUGUGUACACUAAAGUUUUGGCUGGCAGUCAACUCCUGAUGACCCUGCUGUGCUUAUCUGAUGGGAGGGGCCGAAGGAAGAAAGAAAACUAUAUGGGGGGAAUGAAACUGAGAAAGAUAAAGGAUUGUUACGAACCGUCCGCUAGCGCCCACGCCUCUACCCUUCCAAAAGAAAACAACAACAAGAACCCGGCCAUAGCAUGAGGGAUGUAUACAGCGCAAAGUAUAGGGCCUAACGUAUACAUUGCAGUUAAACCAAACAAACACACACGAGUUCCCCCAAAUCUGGGAACCCGACUCAUGCCGGAACAAACAAACAAGCAAGAAAAGAGCCUUAAUGAAAACUGAUUGAAAUUUUGUAAUUUGUGUGUAGCUCGGGCAUGGACUACCCCGUUCCCCUUGAUGAAUAAUUAUUUUUUUUCCUUUCUUUUAGAUUUCUAUUUAAUUUAUACGUGAAAGGCGAAGCAUCUGCAUUUGACUAGCUACCACGGGUGGAUUUCCUUUUCAUUUCCCGUUACAUUAUGCAACGAUUCUUUUGUUGCUCCAAGUUCGAUCCUGCGUGCUGAUCAAUUCACAAGUGGUCCAAUUCGUUCGCUCAAGUAUAUUGAUGUGUCAUCGUUCUUGCUGCCCAAGAGAAAAAAUGCCCUUCUUAUUCCUUUUGCAGAUUGCAGCACUCGGUUUGCACGAAGAGCUAAAUACGUACAAGAUUGGAUGGGCUGCUGUGGCCUUCUCUUUCCAAUCUUGAUUAUAUACCCCAAGCUGAAACGAUUCUUUCUCCUGGAAAUAAUUCAGACAGAGUGGCGUGGAUAUGUACACAACAGAAUGAAAGAGAGAGGAAGAAAAAAGAAUAAAUCCACCGAACCGGGUUAAUUCAUCUCUUUCGUCCGUCAGUCCAUUAAAAGGAAGCUGCCCACCGUAUGCUGUGAGCUUGCACAUGGUUCUCUUUUUCUACUCGUUCGCAUUCGCUUUUUUAAAAUAAAGUUCUCGGGGAUUAUGGAAAAAGAAGGAAACCUACAGCAAAAAUGAACUUUAGUUUUCAUUCUAUUUCUGGGUAUACUACAUCAUUAAACGGUGAACGGUAUGGUCCCUAAAAGUGAGACCUGGCGAUUCCCGAGCUUUUCUGUAUGGACGGCUGAUGGAUGAUUCCUUUCAAAAUCGUCUGUCCAGCUGAUGGUUAUGGGACCGAAUGUUUAUUUCGCAAUGGAUGCGCCUAUAAUAUAGAAGGAACACCAAACGACAUGACGCUACCACCACGCCCUUUUUAUCGUUGGUCAUGGGAAAAGUCGUUAAUUCUGCUCUCACUGCGCUGGCAUAAUUUAGUAUCCGGAUGACCCGCAGAGUUGACUGUACAGCACCAGCGGGUAUAGUGCAGUAAAUUUUGCCAUUCAAACGACGCGCAGAGGACGACCGCAGACCGUGCGAAAAACCUAAUGACGGGAAGACAUUACGAUGAAACGCGUCACGCCUUUUUAAUUAUUCCCCGAGGCUAAAGUAUGUGAUGGACAUCGAGUAAAUUUGAUGUGCGAAAAGAAAAUAUAUAUUAUAUUAAGAAAAAGGAAAACUUUCAGCAAGGAGAGAAGAAAACAGAAUUCAAAAGGACAUUGAGCGACCAUCCGUACGCACGACAUUAUUAAAUUUCUUAGAAUUAUACAGCCGAUAUAAGAAGGUUGAGCUAGAGACCCCAUCAGCCUAAAUAAUAAAGAAGAUUAUUCCACCAGAAGAAGGAUAUAACACGCGCUCAACCCCAUCCUUUCCUGAAAUCGCUCCCGUUUUCACGAGCAUCUAUCGAAACUGACAAAGAGGUUUAUAGCCAGCGUGACGUCACUAAACCAGGUCCGUGUUUUUGAAGAAAGAAAACUAUUUUCGUACUUUUUAUGGUAUCGAACUGUGUAUUUCCUUUCCUCUUCAAAAUAAGCAGCAGUCUAGACUUGCUGGUAGGAUCCCCUAGUGUAUCCCAUCCGGCCUAUCGUAAAAAACCGGAUUUUUUUUUUUUAUAUCUUGUGUAUACAAGUAGUAUCUGUGCUACACUAUAAGAGGAAACGAUCCUGCUGCUGGCCAAAGAAAGUCACCCGCUGGAUUUCUCCCUUCCGGUGAAAACUCUGCGGGGUUUAUUCACCCAACUGCAGACCCGAUGGACUUGUUUUGCUUUUGAUGAGCAACUUCCGUAAAUUUUUUGGACUUUGCCUAUGGUAUUCCUUUAUCGGCAAUUGGCUUGCUUUUCACAUGAUUUCUUUUGAGAGAGGAAAUCAACCAUUACCAAAAAGAAAGACCGAUAAAUAACGUUGGACUAGUGGACACGUUUCCUUUUAGAAAUGCAACUGAUGUCGAUACAAUUUGCUGCUACCCCAUAACAGGACACAAUGCUUCUUCAUCUGGUGUUUCAUCUUGUUUGUUCGCAGUUGGAGAGUCCUGGAAAAAAAUAGUAUGUGAUCACUUGAAAGGGAGGACAAUCAUGGAACAGUCGUCAAUUCAAGUUUCUGAUUGCCGCCAUAUUGUCAAAGCAUCUGGUGGAGAAAUCGCCAACUACUAAAGAAUUUCGUUCCAAUGUCAGUCGUUUGUUUUUCGGGUGACUCAGCCGAGUUCGGUCGCCAUGAUGGUUGUCUCGCGAAUUGGAAACGCCCUGCCGAAUUUGAGAUUUGUUAAGUAUACCGCACUGUUAUCAUUGUUUUUCUAAUUGAUAUCAUUAUACAAGUUUUAAUGUCGGCAGAAAGAAAAAAAUGUAAGCAGAAUUUUAGGGGGGAAAGUUUUAUCUUAACAACGUGUCAGCAUACCCCGGCGUGGUAUGCUUCCUCGUAAUUCAAUUUCUCUGUAAACUAUUUUCCAAGGGGAAUUUAGCUUUGCGUUCAGUUUUUUUCACCAAACUAUCAUUAUGAUCUUUUUACUAUUUAUCGUAAUGUAUUUUCCUUUUUUCUCAAAUUAAAAGGUGAAAGCAGAACUUGGCUGAAAUUUAAAUUUGAAGAACGGGGCAGCUUGUCUUGUAUUCUAUUUUGUUUCUACAAUUUGUUCAAGAUUCUUUUUGUUGUUUCCUGGCAUAGACAAUUGCCUAAUGAUGAUGUGUUAAGAAUUUUUUUUUUUAAAUAUAUUUUAGGUGAUCACCAUGAAAGCCUAAGAUGUUUCACAACUUCUUACACAUCUGCCCUGAUAAGCCGUGGUGUUCUGUGGUGGCCAAAUCAAAAUCAUUAGGGAUCCAAAAAUGCCUAUAAUAUUCCUGGUGACAUUGUUUAAUAAAUGAUUAUUGUAGCCUA